UCUGACGGGCGACGCCGAGCGUGCUCGUGCCCGUGCAACAUGUACGACGAGCACGAGCACGCACGCCGCCUGCGCCCAGCCGUCCGCGCAGCCAGGUCAGGACAGGGAACCAUGGCGGCAUCCUCCUCGUCCUCCUCAGCUGGCGGGGUCAGUGGGAGCUCGGUGACCGGCUCCGGGUUUAGUGUCUCGGACUUGGCCCCACCACGGAAAGCGCUCUUCACUUAUCCCAAAGGAGCUGGAGAAAUGUUGGAAGAUGGUUCAGAAAGAUUCCUCUGUGAAUCUGUUUUCAGCUAUCAAGUUGCAUCUACAUUAAAGCAAGUGAAACAUGAUCAGCAAGUUGCUCGGAUGGAAAAACUAGCUGGUUUAGUGGAAGAACUGGAGGCAGAUGAAUGGAGAUACAAACCCAUUGAGCAACUGCUGGGAUUCACCCCUUCAUCAGGAUGAAAGCUUUUGGAUCACUGGUGUCAAAUGAUCAAACAGAUGCACCCUCUGGACUGAUUUUUAAUGGGCUGCCAUUUUUCAGGAUGCUCACAGCUGUGUCCCUGACAGCUCUGUUAUAGUAUCCAGUAAAUGGCAACUACAGGACCUCAGGCAUCUUGUAAUACAUCAGCAGGAUGCGACUUCUGUGUCUUUGUGAGAUGCAUCAAUUUUAAAGAAUUUGGAGAAUAACCUGUAUGUUUAUUUAAAGUAACCUUCCCUUCCCCUUUAAAGAGAGAAAAAAAACCUCAUACUCUCUAGGGAGCAUAUUCAUGCCUGCAGUACUGUCAGUCAUACUGAACUGGAUACCUUUUCUAUUCAAGGAAAGCUCCUGUAGGGCAUUAUCAAAUAACUGAAUAAAAAAAAGAAAAGUAUUUGACUCUUAAACUCUUCCUUUUUGAAGAUGAAUAGGAUAAAGAACCAUGCAAGAUAACUAAGGAUGACAAAUGUUAAACUCCUCUAUGUCAAGAUCAUCUUGGCUUUGCUGAGGUUUCUGUCUCUGCUUCUGCUUUAACUAUAUACAGCACUGGGAGAAAAAACUGCUGCUUACUGAAAACUCUGAAGCUCUUCCUUUACCAUAAUGUACUAGAUCCCUCCCAUGGCAAAUAAAUAAUUUAAACAACGAUAAA